CGGACGGCGGCGCUGUUUACGGCGGUAGCGUCAGUGCGUGUUGCUCGCGCUUGUCCGCAGUUCACACGUGGCUGUGUCGGAGGCGCGUUGUAGCUUCUGCCGCUGCUACCUUUCCCACUACCAGGAUGAAGCGACCGAAGUUAAAGAAAGCAAGUAAACGCAUGACCUGCCAUAAGCGGUAUAAAAUCCAAAAAAAGGUUCGAGAGCACCAUCGAAAAUUGAGGAAGGAGGCCAAAAAACAGGGUCGCAAAAAGCCUAGAAAAGACCCAGGAGUUCCAAACAGUGCUCCCUUUAAAGAGGCUCUUCUUCGGGAAGCUGAGCUAAGGAAACAGCGACUUGAAGAACUAAAACAGCAGCAGAAACUCGAUAGGCAGAAAGAACAGGAAAAGAAAAGGAAACUUGAAACUAACCCUGGUGUUAAGGCAUCUAACUUGGAACCUGUGAACGAGGAAUUUGGGCAGCGUAAAGCUAAGAACAAAGCCAAGGCAGGCAAACAGAAUCCAAAGAAGUUGUAUUGUCAGGAACUUAAAAAGGUGAUUGAAGCCUCAGAUGUUGUGCUGGAGGUGUUGGAUGCCAGAGAUCCUCUUGGUUGCAGGUGUCCCCAGGUAGAAGAGGCCAUUGUCCAGGGUGGACAGAAAAAGCUGGUACUUGUAUUAAAUAAAUCAGAUUUGGUACCAAAGGAGAAUUUGGAGAACUGGCUAAAUUAUUUGAAGAAGGAAUUACCAACAGUGGUAUUCAGAGCCUCAACAAAUCUGAAGGACAAGGGCAAGAUAAUCAAGCAUUUGAAGUUAAAGAAGAGAGCUCCAUUCAAAAAUGAAGUCUGUGUUGGGAAAGAAGGCCUUUGGAAGCUUCUUAGAAGUUUUCAGGAGACUUACGGCAAAGCCAUUCGGGUUGGAGUAAUUGGUUUCCCAAAUGUGGGGAAAAGCAGCAUCAUCAACAGCUUGAAACAAGAACGGAUAUGUAAUGUUGGUGUAUCCAUGGGGCUGACAAGGUGCAUGCAGGUUGUCACCUUGGACAAACAGAUCACAGUCAUAGACAGUCCAAGCUGCAUCGUGUCUCCGCUUAACUCUGCCAGCACACUUGCUCUGAGGAGUCCAGCGAGUAUUGAAAUGGUGAAACCAGUAGAGGCCGCUAGCGCCAUCUUGUCCCAGGCUGAUGCUCGACAGGUAGUACUGAAAUUUACUGUCCCAGACUUUAAGAAUCCUCUGGAAUUUUUUACAUUGCUUGCUCAGAGAAGAGGACUGCACCAAAAAGGUGGAAGCCCAAAUGUAGAAGGUGCAGCCAAACUGAUGUGGUCUGAGUGGACAGGUGCCUCCUUAGGUUACUAUUGCCAUCCCCCUACAUCCUGGACUCCUUCUCCACAUUUUAAUGAGGGCAUCAUGACAGACAUGAAACAGGGCUUUAAUCUGGAAGAAUUGGAAAAGAACAAUGCACACAGCAUACACAGCAUCAGGGGCCCUCGUUCAGCCAGGAGCAUCCUUUUCCAGUCUUCAGGUCUAACAAAUGGAAUAAUAGAAGAAAAGGACAUUCCUGAAGAACUGCCAAGACAGAAAGAGAAACAGCCGGAGGAGGGGGAGGACCACAACGACCUUGACAGUGACCAGGAAAGUGUUGAUAAAGAAGCUGAUGAAGAGAGCUUAGCCAUGGUCCCGGCAGAAGAGACGUGGGCACUGCCUGAGGAGUCUCAAGCAGAUGAGUCAGCACAAUCUUACAUCUCAGAUAAAAUGACUGAAGAGGAAGAUGAUGCUUAUGACUUCAGUACAGACUAUGUGUAACAACCUUGUCUUUUUAGAAGGUGUUUGUUGGGUUUUGUGGGGGUUUUUUUUGUUUGUUUUUUUUUUUACAUUUUGAGCAGACUGCUGAGCUGUUCUAUUGUGUGUGAUGUAUAGUUUGUUGCUGUAUGCCAUGAGCUGUGUAAAUUUUGUAAAUAUAUAUCAUAGUACACUCAUUCUUUAAAAAUGAGGCAAUUCUAAAGUGUCUGAAUUCUAUAGCAGCACCGCUUUCUUAACAACUGGGUAGAAGUAUACUUAAUCACCUGGAAGCAAACCAUCAGACACCUAUUGAAAAAUGUAGGUUUCACUUUAUUAACAGAUCAGACCACAGGUUAAUAUUACAAAAUUAAAACCAAGCAGUAGUGUUGAACUAGCCGUACCAUCCCUGUCAGUCCUUCAGUAUGGCAGUAAGCAAACAUUUGGUAAGGCAGAUGGAGACAUUUAUAGCCUAUCUGGGAAGCUGACUGCUAAACAGGGUAGUUCAUCCUCUUUACCCAGCUGAAAUGUCCCUCUUUCCAUGGGUUGCUGCAGAUAGGCAUUGAAGCCUUGCAACUGUUAAUUCCCACACAUACUGUCUUCCAGGAUUUCCUGAGAAAUGCUUAUAGCAUAAAUUAUGUUUUAUUUUGUAUUUGAGAUCUCCAUAUGUCUUCGGAUUAGGCUGAAUUUGCCUGUGGGGUCUGGAAUAUACCAUUUUUCCCAGACAUCAGAAUAGGAAGCAGUUCUUCCCCAUGGCUUAAAGUGACCAUUCCAAUGAAGUAACUUGGCAGCCUUUACAAACUGGGGUGAAUAUCGUUUUCCAGCACUGGAACCUUACAUUGAGAAAAAAAGAGCCAAAUGAUUGUACCUAGUACUAGUCAGAAAUAAGAAUGCUACAUCAAACUCCAGAAAACUUAAAGGGAACUGGAUAUAUCCCAUCCCUGAGGAAAGACACUUAAAUUCUUUAUUAGUUAGGCCUUUGGUUAAUUUUUUCAACUUACCGAGGUGGCGGACAUUCCACAUGGGGUCAAUUGUAGAGUGCUGUUGAUAAAAUACGAUCAACAGAGGUGGUGUUGUGGUGCUGCCAGCCAGUGUUCUGCUGUACAGUCCCUCUCUUGGGGGGACAAAUGACAAAUGUAAACUGUUAGUGGAGAAUCCUUAAAAAUUCCUCUUCAACAAGACCACCCAGGUUGAAAUAAGCAUCUUUACAGCAUGGUCAGCUAUAUAUACUUACUCUACAUUGAGUUUCAUCCAUUUUUCCAGCUGGUUGGUUAUAUUCUGUCUUUUCCAUUCUGUCAAGUUUGCAACAAAAACUCCAGGAUUAAAUGAGCAGGUGCUGGCUUUCAUGGAAAGUUUACGAAUUCUUUCUUUUUUAUAGUCAAGAUAGCCAAUG